CCCCGCACGGUCCCCGCCGGCCGCCCCGCUGAUGCCGCUGCCCCGCGCGGGGCCGGCGCGCCGCUAGCAGCAUGUCUCGGCGCAAGCAGGCCAAGCCCCAGCACCUCAAGUCGGACGAGGAGCUGCCGCCGCCGGACGGGGCUCCCGAGCACGCUGUCCCCGGGGAGGGCGCCGACGACGGUGACAGCGGGAACGAGAGCCGGAGUGGCAGCGAGGAGACCAACGUGUGUGAAAAGUGCUGUGCCGAGUUCUUCAAGUGGACGGACUUCCUGGAGCACAAGAAAGCCUGCACCAAGAACCCGCUGGUGCUGAUUGUGAACGAGGAUGAGCCCGCCCCGCCCUCCGAGGAGUUUCCGGAGCCUUCUCCUGCCAGCUCUCCCAGCGAGCAGACGGAGAGCGAGGCUGCUGAGGAGGCAGCGCCCCCGGAGGGCGGGGAGGGUGGGGAGGGGAGGGCCCCCGAGAAGGAGGACGAGCCCAUGGAGGUGGGACCCUCCCCCGACAAAAGCUUUCAGAGCCCGGGCCCCGCCCACACAGGGAAGCCACCUCUACCUCAGAUCCCCGAACCGGCACCUGUGGCCGCUUACAGCAUGCCAAACACCAACGUGACGCUGGAGACCCUGCUCAGCACCAAGGUGGCGGUGGCGCAGUUCUCCCAGAACACGAGGGCUGCAGGCACGGUGGGAUCCAGCGGCGGGGUGACGGCCGUGGCCAUCCCCAUGAUCCUGGAGCAGCUGAUGGCCUUGCAGCAACAACAGAUCCACCAGCUGCAGCUCAUUGAGCAGAUCCGCAGCCAGGUGGCCAUGAUGAACCGCCAGCCCCUGAGGCCGCCGCUGAACCCCGGAGCUGCUGCGGGGUCUCAGACCGCCCCAGUGCCGGCCUCUGGCCAGCUCCCGGGGCUGGCCACGCCCUCGGCCCUGCAGCUUUCCGCCGGGGCCGCCCCGGUUCCCACGGCUUCAGGCCCCGCUGCUCAGUCAGCGUCCUACGAGGGCCCCCAGCACCUGUCACAGCCGGCAUCUGGAGCCAGCACCCCGCACGUCCCCGGUGGGGGUUCCUCGGUCCCCGAGCUUGGCGCUCCGGCAUCCUCUGGUGCCGCCCCAGCCUCCACGGCCCCAGCCUCUGUCGCCAGCGCCCUCAGCAGUGCCCCCCAGCCACAGAACGCUUCCACGCCUCCCGCCCUGGGGCCAGGCCCACUCCUCAGCUCGGCGCCCAGCCUGCCAAGCCCACUUCUACCUCAGACCUCUGCCAGCAGCGUCAUCUUCCCCAACCCGCUGGUCAGCAUCGCGGCCACGGCCAAUGCGCUGGACCCCCUGUGCCUCAUGAAGCACCGCAAGGGCAAGCCCCCGAACGUGUCGGUGUUUGAGCCUAAGGCCAGUGCCGAGGACCCCUUUUUCAAGCACAAGUGCAGGUUCUGUGCCAAGGUGUUCGGGAGCGACAGCGCCCUCCAGAUACACCUGCGCUCACACACAGGUGAGCGGCCCUUCAAGUGCAACAUCUGUGGGAACCGCUUCUCUACGAAGGGCAACCUUAAGGUCCACUUCCAGAGGCACAAGGAGAAGUACCCCCACAUCCAGAUGAACCCCUACCCCGUCCCAGAGUAUCUGGACAAUGUGCCCACCUGCUCCGGGAUCCCCUACGGGAUGUCGCUGCCUCCCGAGAAGCCGGUCACCACCUGGCUAGAUAGCAAGCCUGUGCUGCCCACCGUGCCCACCUCUGUUGGGCUGCAGCUCCCGCCCACCCUGCCCAGUGUCAGCAGCUACGCUGACUCCCCUGGCCUCACCCCUGCGAGCCGCUCCCCACAGCGGCCCUCUCCCGCGUCCAGCGAGUGCCCCUCUCUAUCUCCAGGCCUGAACAGCUCCGAGUCAGGCAUCCCAGGAGCCGCUGAGUCUCCACAGCCUGGGCUCGGUGGGACCUCUCUGACCAAAAGUGAGCCGUCAAGCCUGCCUUGCACUAACGCCAGGGCAGGGGACGUCCCCACCUCUGGCCAGGUCUCUGCCGCGGGGACCCCUGCACUCACGGACAGCAGUGUAGCCACAGGCCUCUGCAGCCCGGUCCUCCCAGCUGGCCCUGAGCCCUUCAAGGCCAAGUUUCCCUUUGGAGGGCUGCUGGAUUCCAUGCAGACUUCGGAGACCUCCAAGCUACAGCAGCUGGUGGAGAACAUCGACAAGAAGAUGACAGACCCCAACCAGUGUGUCAUCUGCCACCGUGUGCUGAGCUGCCAGAGCGCCCUGAAGAUGCACUACCGAACGCACACGGGGGAGCGGCCUUUCAAGUGCAAGAUCUGCGGGCGCGCCUUCACCACCAAAGGCAACCUGAAGACGCAUUUUGGCGUACACCGCGCCAAGCCACCCCUUCGGGUACAGCACUCCUGUCCCAUCUGCCAGAAGAAGUUCACUAAUGCUGUGGUCCUGCAGCAGCACAUCCGCAUGCACAUGGGUGGGCAAAUCCCCAACACGCCGCUGCCCGAAGGCUUUCAGGAUGCCAUGGACGCAGAACUGCCUUAUGACGAGAAAGCCGUGGAAGCCCUGAGCGGCUAUGACGACGACAUGGAUGACAACUCCCUGGAGGAGGAUGCAGCCGGCGACCCUUCCAAGCCACUCCUGUCCCUCUCCAGCUCCUGCCCACCCUCCCCGCCCUCCGUCAUCUCCAGCAUCGCCGCCCUGGAGAACCAGAUGAAGAUGAUCGACUCUGUCAUGAGCUGUCCUCAGCUGACCGCCUUGAAGUCCAUGGAGAACGGGUCUGGGGAGAGUGACCGUCUGAGCAAUGACUCCUCGUCUGCUGUGGGCGACUUGGAGAGCAGGAGUGCGGGCAGUCCAGCCCCGUCUGAGUCCUCGUCCUCCAUGCAGGCUCUGUCACCUGUCAACAGCAACAGUGAGAGCCUGCACUCCAAGUCCCCGGGCCUCAGCGCCCAGGAGGAGCCUCAGGAGACUCCAUUGAAGACCGAGAGGCCAGACAGCCCGCCCCCCGCCCCCGAAAACGGAGGGGCACUGGACCUGACGGCCACCCACCCUGGCCGGCCUGCCAUCAAGGAGGAGGCCCCCUUUAGCCUGCUGUUCCUGAGCAGAGAACGGGGUAAGUGUGAGAGCACUGUGUGUCGUGUCUGUGCCAAGCCUUUUGCUUGCAGGAGUGCGCUGGAGAUCCACCACCGCAGCCACACCAAGGAGCGGCCGUUCGUCUGCGCGGUCUGCAGGCGCGGGUGCUCCACCCUGGGUAAUUUAAAGCAGCACUUACUGACCCACAGAUUGCGGGAGCUGCCCUCCCAGUUACUUGCCCCCAACUUUGCUCUAGGUCCCAGCCAAAGCACCCCGAGCCUGCUUACCGGCCCCGCGCCCACCCUGGUCAAAAUGGAAGUGAACGGGCACAGCAAGGCCAUCCCGCUGGCUGAGGGCCCACCGCCUGCUGCGGUCCAGGUGCCCACCGGGCCCCCGACGGUGCUGAGCCCUGGCCUGGCACCCAUGCUGGCCCCCCCACCACGCCGGACGCCCAAGCAGCACAACUGCCAGUCAUGUGGGAAGACCUUCUCCUCGGCGAGCGCCCUGCAGAUCCACGAGCGCACCCACACAGGGGAGAAGCCCUUCGGCUGCAGCAUCUGCGGGAGGGCAUUCACCACCAAGGGCAAUCUCAAGGUGCACAUGGGCACACACAUGUGGAACAACGCCCCUGCCAGGCGUGGCCGCCGCCUGUCUGUGGAAAACCCCAUGGCUCUGUUGGGUGGCGACGCCCUGAAGUUCUCGGAGAUGUUCCAGAAGGAUCUGGCUGCACGGGCCAUGAAUGUGGACCCCAGCUUUUGGAACCAAUAUGCCGCGGCCAUCACCAAUGGUCUCGCCAUGAAGAACAACGAGAUUUCCGUCAUCCAGAACGGAGGCCUCCCCCAGCUCCCAGUAAGUCUCGGCGGAAGCGCCAUCCCCCCCAUGGGCUCCCUGGCCGCUGGGCUGGACAAAGCGCGGCCCGGGGGCAGCCCUCCGGUCGUGGGCCUGGACAAAGCCAGCGCAGAACCAGGAGCUGGCCGGCCGUUCACCAGGUUCGUGGAGGAUAACAAGGAAGUGGGGAUCAACUAGCCCCGCCCUCCCUGCCGCCCCCGAGGCUCCGCCCAGAGGACAUCAAGGGGUCUGGGGAGGGGAGGGUGGCGCGCUGCCCAAUGGUGGUCUCACGCUGCACAAGCUGCCCGUGCAGCACACACUGCACGACACUCUCUUGGUGGUCAUUUCAGCUGUUGAGAACUGCAACCUUUUAAGUAAAUGUAAGUCAGAAAGACACCCUUGGAAAGCCCCUUGGGUCUGGAAAGGGCUCAGACCACAUCCAGCCCCUGGAGAGGGCUCCCGCCCUGUUCCAGUAAAACUCAUUCAGUGGUUUAGUUCGAAUUAGUUAGGAACUUGAACUCUGUUUUGGAACUCUCAUCUCGAAGACGUGGUCCAGUGCCCCUGACGCCGUGUCCCACGGCAGUACCUUAUAUGUAGUAUUUAUAAUGUUAAGAUUAUGCGGGUAACAGACAAUACAGCCCACCUUUAAUGGAAGCUUUUGUACUGCAGAAUUCAUCAGGCUAUGUGAUUUUUUUUUUUUUUUUUUAAGCAAGAUAUGUUUGACUCUAAAUAAGUGGGUCAUUUCCAUGCAGGCAAAAUUGUGAAGUUCUGUUGGGAAAAAGCAUGCUUUUUGUGUGCAAGCACCUGUCAGUAACAAGCCUUUUUUUUUUUUUUUCUUUUUUUUUUCUUUUUUUUAAUUGAAAUGUUUGUAGCUGCUCUGUGGACAGUGUUCUCUAGCGUGGUCUGUAGCCAAGUUACAGACAGACGUCACCGUAAAUUAUUCACAACAUUAUAGCAGUUGUGAAUAAAUACUUCACAUUAUCAAAGCUGUACAAUAAAAAGGUAAUGUUUGUAUAAUGUGGUUGCAAACUCUUAAUUUAUACUAUUGCACUUUUAGUAUUUUGUAUUAGGGAGGUUUGCUAUAAUUUGAAAAUUUUAAAAGAUGUAAAGUAUUUUAUAAAUAGUACUUUGAUUGAAGGAAAUGAAAAAAAAAAAAAGCUGUUACAGUCUUAGGUCAAAUGAUAUGAGAAAUUUGUGCUUCUUAAACAGAAAAGCCACCAAGACUUGUCACUUCCUCAGUAAACUAGGGCCUGCCAUUUCUUAAAUCAAAUGACUUAUUUAACUUUUCUACAGAGCUCAUUUAAAAACUUGACCGGCCGUAACAAAACUUUGAUGCAUUAAACUUAGGACUGUGACAGCCAUAUGAGCCAGGAAGUACCUAAGAGAGCAUAGGUGUGAUCGCGCCGUCACUGCCACCGCUCUUUGCUCACACCCAGGAGCCCGGGCUGGCUGGCCUGCAAGCCUUAGGGGUCCUGCUCACUAAACCGGGGAGACGAACCGGGUAUCAGGCAGAGGAACCAGUCAGAAUGGGGGGCUUUUCUGAGUUCCUGGCUUAUUUAUUUAUUAUCUUCUCAGAUGAGAACAAAGUGCAUGUGUCUGACUGGUCAGAAUGCGGUACUGAGUGGUCACUGCAAGUCGCCGUGCACUGCAAGGCCCCGUGGGGCGUCCUGCACUCUACCUCAUGUGUGUGGUGCAGCGUGCUGGCGUCCGAGGCCCUGCACCUCCUCCAUUAGCGUCGUCCCGGGGUCACCAUGCUGUCGGGUGACGGCACGGGCAGGCGAGGCCCUGAGAAAGGAGUCAGGCGGUUGAGACUUCUCAGUGGAAAGAGAAGUAGGACAAUCUUUCCAACACACCCACAGCAACAAGUCACACAAGAACAGUUCCAGAGACUCACAAAUAGCAGACCGAGCAGUGACCCCGGUCACAGAUGAACACUGAAGUCCCUCUGCGGCUCUGUCCCUCUGGAGCUGGGGGACCACCCAUUGUAUACCAUCUCUUCUCAUGGGAUGGGCAAGGGCGCGGGAAGAGGAAACCGAGGUGCUUAGUGUUGCUGUGUUUCAACAGUGAAUGUUCUUAUUUAUCUGUGUCCUUUUCAGUGUGCUUUUUUUUUUUUUUUUUUUUUUUUUUUGCCUAGUCUCUGGUACCAUGUAGUGGUCUCUCCUCCCCAAAGGAUGUGUAUAUAAUUUAAGUACAGAAAUGUAAAGAGCUGUAAAUAAGAUGGCUCCUGACGGGACAGUGAGGCCGACCGCACCCUAUGUUCAGGGCCAGGCCGUCCCCUCCACGUGGUGAAGAGACACUAUUUUUCUAUUGCAACCAUGUCGGGCCGGGCCUCCGGGACCAGCGGGGGAUUGUUACCUAGAUCCAAUAUUUUUUAUGAUGAAAUCUGUGGCUUGACACAUCUGCUGAUUGAAAUGGAUGUCUUAGUCUAGGUUACUAUUUUUGUCAUAUGGAAUUGAAUAAAAUGCAGGAUGUAAUAUUCUUUCCGAAUGGUGUUCCUUGAUUAUUCUAAUAGAAAAAGUGGAAUUUGAGGUUACGGUCAUUUAUGGUGGCUGUGUAUCCAUGGUGUUUCCCCAAGGAAGGUCAGUGAGCGUUGAUAGCUUAGAUUUAAGCCAUAUCUAAGUGUAUCUUGAUUGGGCUGAACAUUUUCAUUUUUCACUUUUUUCUAAAAUAAAAAUGCAUCAUUCUAAUAGUGGAUUUUUUUAAUUUACAUCUUUGAUGGAAGAAGAUAUGGUAGAAAAUGCCUGAUUAUUAGAGACCAUUGGUAGUGUCCCCAGUGACUGCACUCUGAAUGACCUUCCCGUUGUUGGCAUUGAGUGGAAAUAUCGGCUCUUCCGGUCACUUGAAAACUAAAAAGCAGUGCCUUCGAUCAUAAUUCAGGAAGGAAAGCCGUAGGAGGAAGGGGCGAGGGCUCAGAGUCACCGACGUCGGCACCUGGCGUCUGUCUGGUCCAGGUGGAGGGUGUCCUUCACUUUAAAAGAAGCUUUACCUUGUCGAUGACAUUUGAUAAGACUUAAAACUUUAAAUAAUUUAAUAGCUCCUGGAUUUCAAGAUAUAUAAUCCAUUUCUUCUUUUUAGAAAAUAACUACUGAUAUCUAGAAGCCACAGUGAGCUUCACUUGGCAGGCGCUGGGUGAGUUGAAAGGAGUGAUGAAAAUACUAACCACUAAACCACCAGGCCUUCCAGCAGGUACCAUGUGGCAUAAACCUUAGGAAGUAAGCCCUAUUGAUUUCAGAGCUCCAAUAGCAAUUAUGAGAGAUGAACUAAGUCAGAUAGUAGAGUCAACUUUUUAAAAAUAGGGUAAGGAAAUAGCAAGGAUUCCUACAACCCUUUAAAGUGAUAUACGUUAAAAUGCAAAAAAAAAGGGGGGUGGGGAUUUGCUUAUUAUUUCAGAAAUGUUUCUGGAGUCAAAGCAGAGGUGCUUGGGCUUAACAAGCACAGGUAUUCUUUCUGACAUCAACUCUAGCUGCUGAGACCAUAUAUCAAAGAAUCAUAAAUGCCAACCAUCCCCCAAAUUAUUUAUUUAAAUGUAUUUCUAUUCUAAGUUCAUUACAGGAACCAUUAGCAUUUAGAACUAAUUAAAAAGUAGCGCUUAAGGGCUAAAAAGCAAUUGUUUUUAAACCCUCGCUGUUGAGUUUUGUCCCCGUGGGAGCUUGGAGGCAGCAUGGAUUCCCACCUGCUUGUCCCCUGCGUUUGGCAGUGGCUGUCCCACGCUGCCAGGGCUGAGGGAGCUAGGCCAGCAUCUCGACUAUGUCUUUAUUCCUGGGCUGCGCAAACGUUUCCUGCUCAAGCACGUUCAAGUCACUGUGUUUCUUUGGCUCCCUGUCUGAACUGCGGACUCCACACCCUUCAUUUCUUGCCUCUGCUGCCUGCUUGCAGAGGAGUAAUAACACUGCAGACAUGUCCUUCUGUGUCCAGCCUGUCACCCUGCAAGCACGCCAGCCAACCGGUGGGCCUCAGGGUUCAGUCCUAGUGUUUUAAGCCCUGUGCUCAUAUGCGAGUUACUGGGACUGACGCAGUGAGCACAGCACAGAGUUCGUUCCUUGGAAAAGUUUUUGAGGGACACAGUGGUUCUUUGAAAAACAGAGGCCAGGGAAUGUUCCUAUGAGCAGGUUUACUGAUUUUUUAGCUGUUAAAACUUGAUGCACAAAAUGAAGAAGAAAAUUGAAUUCCCCUUUUCUUUUUCACUUAAUCAAGAAAUACUGUAUAUUAUUUCAGCAUAUUUUUAUGAUGGAAAAACUUUAACAUGAAAUCACCAUAGAAACAUUCUCCUGCCGCCCUUCUGUCAACAUUUUUGUGCCGAGCUAACAGGCGUGGGUAUGCUGGUGUCGUCUGCGGUGGCCCAGAGUGGCAGGUUCUGUGGUGAAGCACAGGCAGGGGCAGGGCCAGGCUACCUCCUGGCUCUGGCUGUGCCCUCCUCACUCGCUUCCUUAUCUGUAAAACUGGGGAGAAUUUGACGAUAAUAAAAUUUCCACUUCUAAAAGCCAGUGUUUUUUUUUUUUUUUUAAGAGAACAGCUACUAAAUACAUCUUUUUUUAUCCCCUCGAAAUUCACGAAACAGAAUAAUUGACAGUAUUUAUAAAGAGAGAAAAUAUAAAUGAGUAAGAUUAUAAUAUGAGAAAUCUAUUACAAAUGACUUUGCUAAAGAAAAUAUGUGGAAUCAUAUUUGGACCAUGAAAAAUGUGUUGGUAUCUUUGACUUUUUUUUAAAUCAUUAAAUUUAUUGAAGCUUUUAAAAAUGCAACUAUAUUUAAGGUAAAAUAAAAUCAUUCUCUGUGAACAUCAUGCUGACUGCAUUUUCUCUCAGAAGAGUCUUGUAAGAGCAGUUUCUUGUCCUGAGCACUACACGCACGUCCUGAACAGCCCUCUGGAACAUCAUGCAUGUAUGUCCAUUGACAGAGAUGCACAGAAGAGGGUGCGGUUGAAAGCAAUGGUUAUCUCUCUUGCUCUCUUCAGUAGAAGGUUAGAGAACCUGACUGUUACCCCUGGAUUGCCUGUCCUGAUGUGUAACCAGGUCUGCCUUUUUCUGGCUUCUUCCGUUGCCUCAGGGGUUGUAACUGGACAGCUCUGCCUCUAGCUCAUCCACUUGGGACUGAAUUCGGUGUUUCACUGAGCACUGGACUAACUCAGUGGGAAGUAGCCAGAAAGCCGGUGAGAGAGGAAAGAGGCAGGGGGUGUCAGCGAUGCGGGUGACACUCGUGUUCUGUUAUGGUAAAAGAUUCUCCACGUCAUGCAGUGGAAAGCAUGAUUCAUAAGCCCCCGAGUGAAGGGAUCUGUGCGUGGCCAUGUGACUCACUCGCUGUAUCUGAUUCAAACCUGGAAAUAAAUGUCCGAUGACUG